GCACACCCAUGACUCUGAACCGCGGCGACAAGCUGCGCUACCUGGACAAGCGGCGCGACAGCAUGCCCUUCUCCGCGCACCAGCAUCUGCACCGGCGAAGCGUGCCGGUGGAUGAGUGGGGCCUGCGAGCGGCCCUGCCGCAGGACGAGGUCUCUGGGCUGGUGCGCUGCACUUCGUACAGCCCUGGCGAGGCGCAGCGGGAGAGCUGGGCUUCCGACUCCUCCGACUCGGUCAUCUCCUCGGGCAGCGACUCCGACAGCAGCCUCUACAAGGUGAUCCUACUCGGCGAGCAAAGCGUCGGCAAGACCAGCCUGGCGCGCAUCUUCGGUGGUGUGGAGGACUGCGCGGACGCGGAGGAGGCCGGAAAUACGUAUGACAGAUCGAUUAUAGUUGACGGAGAAGAGGCGUCUCUUGUGGUGUUCGAUAUAUGGGAGCAGGAUGAUAGCCAAUGGCUUCAGAACCACUGUAUGAAAAUGGGGGAUGCCUAUAUUAUUGUAUAUUCAGUGACAGACAAAGUUAGCUUUGAAAAGGCCUCUGAGCUAAGAAUCCAGCUAAGAAGAGCAAGGCAAACAGAAGACAUUCCUAUUAUUCUUGUGGGCAAUAAAAGUGACCUGGUCAGGUCCCGGGAAGUCUCAGUUGAUGAGGGACGGGCCUGUGCUGUUGUGUUUGACUGCAAAUUCAUCGAGACCUCAGCUGCUCUUCAUUAUAAUGUUAAGGACCUGUUUGAAGGUAUUGUUCGGCAAAUUAGACUUCGCAAAGACAGUAAAGAAGACAAUGCUCGGAGAAUGGCCAACACAAAAAGAAGAGAAAGCAUAGGCAAAAAAGCGAAGCGAUUCCUUGGGAGAAUUGUGGCAAAGAACAAUAAGAAGAUGGCUUUCAAAGCAAAAUCAAAGUCUUGCCAUGACUUAUCUGUGCUUUAGGAGCUUUCAGCAAGGCUGGCCGUUGCAUGUGGGUGAUGAACAAGCAUUUGACUGUUACAAGUGUACAGAUGAUCCUCGUGGUGAUAACAAGAAUGACUUAUCAAUUGAGACUCUUGUUAAUGCCUUAAGGUGUGCAAGCAAGUCUGGAAGUUACACUACUCUGCUUCAUUGAUAAAUGGUUUAAGUUUCAAUUUGUGCAAGCAAAUGAACUAACUUUAAGUGGCUUGACAUGCCCACAUUUUCACUGUGUAUAUAUGUCAUAUAUCCUCUUGUCCUGUGGAUACUAGAGAUGCAAAGAUAAGAAAGGAUGAUAAGUAUCACCAUAGACUUGUCUCGUUUGCAGAGCAAAACUUCAACUUGUACGCAGGCUCGUACGCUCUUUUUAGUAUAAAGCAAGCAAUGAUAAAUCUUUUUAAACUGAAAUGUAGGGAGGGGGGAGUAGAACCACAUUAGAAUGGGAGAAAACAAAUUAUCUAUAUUUAAAUACAGGACAGACAUAAUUUUAUGAAGUUAAUUUGCACUUCCAUUAACUGUUCUUCAAUUAAUUUGUUAAUUACAUGCAGAUUUUUUUAUAAUAAAGUAGUCUAUGAUUUCCUGUUAUAAUACACUGUGCUUUUCUCACAGUAUGGAUAAAGGAAAGGAGUAUUUUUAUACUGACUUUUUUCACUGUACA